AUGACGCCUGUAUACACCACUCCCAAAAAGCCACUCACAUGGCUCAUCACCGGAUGCUCGUCUGGUUUCGGGCUGUCACUGGCCCGUAUUGUCCAGGCAAAUGGCCAUAAUCUUAUCGCUACUUCCCGCAAGCCAUCAGACUCGCCCGAUCUCGUUGCCGAAGUUGAGGGUAAAGGCGGUAAAUGGAUUCAACUAGAUGUCAAUGAUCUCGACUGCGACAAAGUGAUUGAAGAGCUUGAAGGUCAGGGACAACCUGUGGACGUCCUCGUUAAUAACGCAGGGUACUGCAUUUACAAUCCUGCAGAGAGCUUCACCGACAACGAAGCCCGCGCAUUGAUGGAGACACUAUACUUUGGCCCUAGCCGCCUGAUCAGAGCUGUUGUUAAGCAUCAACGUCAACGAAGGUUCGGUAUCAUCGUGAACAUGAGCAGCGGUGCUGCCCUAGAAGCCAAUCCCACUAUGGGUCCUUAUGCAGCUGGCAAAGGAGCAUUGGAUUCAUUAGGCAUGUCAAAGGCACUGGCCAAAGAGGUUGAGUCUUUCAAUAUCCGCGUAUUAACUGUUCUUCUUGGAACGUUUAAUACAGGAAUGGGUAAUGCGACUAUACUAGGCCAGAAUCCACUUCCCGACGACUACAAGGGAUCGAUGUCGGAAAAGAUUAUGGAAUUUAUGUCUACUGGCAAGUUUGCGCCUAAUGGAGACAAAGACAAAGCCAUGAAGGCAGUCUAUGACGUUGUUGUGGGAGAAGGGGUUGGUAAAGAUCACGAGGCGGAAAGGGCACUGCCGCUGGGUCGGGACUUGGCAGGCAGGAUUCAGGUGGUGCAGGACUACUUAUCCCAUUCCAUGGAGGUUUUUGGGAAUGUCUGCAACAACGUGCAUCUGGAGGAAGCAUGA